AUGAGCCUGCUGCUGGAGACGCUGCUGGGCCCCCCGGCGCCGCCGGGCCGCGCCGCCCCGCGCUCCGCCGCCUCCAGCGGCUUCCACUCGUGGCCGGCAUCCGCAGCGGCGCCGGGCCGGGCGCGGGGCGGCGGCGGCAGCGCGGCCGCCUCCUCCACCGAGAGCCUCGACUCGCUGAACGGCGAGCCGCGGGCGCGCAACGAGAAGGAGCUGCUGCAGGUGCUCAAUGACCGCUUCGCCGGCUACAUCGAGCGGGUGCGGGCGCUGGAGCAGCGCAACCGGGCGCUGGCGGCCGAGGCGGCGGCGCUGCGGCAGCAGCAGGCGGGCCGCGCCGCCAUGGGCGAGCUGUACUCGCGGGAGCUGCGCGACCUGCGCGCCGCCGUGCUGCGCCUGGGCGCCGAGCAGGGCCAGCUGCGCCUGGAGCGGGCGCGCCUGGCGCAGGAGGCGGCGGCGCUGCGGGCGCGCCUCGACGAGGAGGCGCGGCAGCGCGGCGAGCUGGAGGCGGCGGCCCGCGGGCUGGCGCAGCGCUCCGCGCAGGAGGAGCGGGCCCGGGGCCCGCUGGCCGAGCGCGCCCGCGCCCUGCGCGAAGAGGCGGCGCUGCUGCGGCGGCAGCACGAGGCCGAGCUGGGCGCGCUGCUGCGCGGCGCCCGCCUCGACUCGCCGCCCGCCCCCACCGCCGGCCCCGGCAUCAGCGCGGCCCUCCGCGACCUGCGCGCCCAGCUGGAGGGCACGACGGCGCGCAGCACGCUGCAGGCCGAAGACUGGUUCCGCGUGAGGCUGGACAAGCUCUCCGAAGUUGCCAAGGUGAACACGGAUGCCAUCCGCUCAGCCCAGGAGGAGAUCAGUGAGUACCGCCGCCAGCUCCAGUCCAAGACCACCGAGCUCGAUGCCCUCAAAGGGACCCAGGAGUCACUGGAGAAGCAGAGGCAGGACUCAGAGGAGCGCCAUCAUGCAGAUGUCCUCUCCUACCAGGAGACCAUCCAGCAGCUUGACAGUGAGCUGAGAAACAGCAAGUGGGAGAUGGCAGCCCAGCUCCGGGAGUACCAGGAUCUGCUCAACGUCAAAAUGGCCUUGGACAUUGAAAUCGCUGCCUAUAGAAAGCUCUUGGAAGGGGAGGAAUAUCGGAUUGAGUCUGGCUUUGGGAUGAUCUCCUUCCCAGAGGUGGCCCCCAAGGCUCCCAGCAUCACCACCACCAUCAAGGUGAAGAGCGAGGAGAAAGUCAAGGUGGCGGAAAAAUCAGAGAAGGAGACAGUGAUUGUGGAAGAGCAGACAGAGGAAAUCCAGGUGACUGAGGAGGUCACAGAAGAGGAAGAGAAGGAGGUGAAGGAAGAAGAGGAGAAAGCUGAAGCAGAGGGCAAAGAAGAGGAGGCCAAGUCUCCUGCAAAAGAGGAGGCUAAAUCCCCAGCUGUAAAAUCCCCAGAGAAAGCUGAAUCCCCCACAAAGGAGGAGGCCAAGAGCCCAACUAUCAAAUCCCCUGAGAAACCUGCAAGCCCCUCAAAGGAGGAGGCCAAGAGCCCAACUGUGAAAUCCCCUGAGAAACCUGCAGCCCCGUCAAAGGAGGAAGCCAAGAUCCCAGCCAUCAAAUCCCCCGAGAAACCCGCAAGCCCCUCAAAGGAAGAGGCCAAGCCCCCAGCCAUCAAGUCCCCUGAGAAACCCAAAAGCCCCUCAAAGGAGGAGGCCAAGACCCCAGCUGUCAAGUCCCCCGAGAAACCCGCAAGCCCCUCAAAGGAAGAGGCCAAGGCCCCGGCCGUCAAGUCCCCUGAGAAACCUGCAAGCCCCUCAAAGGAGGAGGCCAAGGCCCCAGCCAUCAAGUCCCCUGAGAAACCCAAAAGCCCUUCAAAGGAAGAGGCCAAGGCCCCAGCCGUCAAGUCCCCUGAGAAACCUGCAAGCCCCUCAAAGGAGGAGGCCAAGGCCCCAGCUGUCAAAUCCCCCGAGAAACCCGCAAGUCCCUCAAAGGAGGAGGCCAAGGCCCCGGCCGUCAAGUCCCCUGAGAAACCCGCAAGUCCCUCAAAGGAGGAGGCCAAGGCCCCAGCUGUCAAGUCCCCAGAGAAACCUGCAAGCCCUUCAAAGGAGGAGGCCAAGGCCCCGGCCGUCAAGUCCCCUGAGAAACCUGCAAGCCCUUCGAAGGAGGAGGCCAAGGCCCCAGCUGUCAAGUCCCCUGAGAAACCUGCAAGCCCCUCAAAGGAGGAGGCCAAGACCCCGGCCGCCAAAUCCCCCGAGAAACCCGCAAGUCCCUCAAAGGAGGAGGCCAAGGCCCCAGCUGUCAAGUCCCCUGAGAAACCUGCAAGUCCCUCAAAGGAGGAGGCCAAGGCCCCAGCCGUCAAGUCCCCUGAGAAACCCGCAAGUCCCUCAAAGGAGGAGGCCAAGGCCCCAGCCGUCAAGUCCCCUGAGAAACCCGCAAGCCCCUCAAAGGAGGAGGCCAAGGCCCCAGCUGUCAAGUCCCCCGAGAAACCCACAAGCCCCUCAAAGGAGGAGGCCAAGACCCCGGCUGUCAAGUCCCCAGAAAAGGUCAAAUCUCCUGAGAAGAAGGAGGCCAAGUCUCCUGAGAAGGAAGCAGCCCCAGCCAAGGAGCCCGUUCCCUCCCCUCCGAAGGAGUCAAAAGCCCCUGUGAAAGAAGAGCAGCCCAAGGAGGAGAAGGCUCCCUCCAAGCCCCAAGUUGAGGCAGGCAGGAAAGAGGAGGCCCCCCAGGCUGUCCCAGCCAAGGUGGAGGAGAAGCCCAAAGAGAAGGUGGCUGCUGCGCCGGGGAAGGAGCCCACAAAACCCACAGAGGAAGGGAAGGCCAAGAAGGAGGCCCAGCCAAAGCCUCAGCAGGAGCCUGCCAAAGCAGCUGAGAAGCCAAAGGCUGAGGAGAAGAAGGAGGAACCAAAGAAGGAGAAGGCAGAGCCCAAAAAGGAGCUGGAGGAGAAACCCAAAGUUGAAGCUAAACCCAAAGAUGAGCCCAAAGCCAGUAAAGAGCCCACCAAGGCUGAGAAAGCGGCCAGCGCGGAUGCCAAGGAGGGCAAAGCCCCAGAGCCGGUGCCUGCCCCGGGCAAGAAGAGCGAGAAGUGAGCAGAGCCCUGGCCCCACAGGCGCCAGGAGCAGCCCCGCUGCCCUCCAAGGGCCGAGGGCAGGUGGAGGCAUCACCCGCCAAGCCCGGCCUUAGCAAUAUAUUUGUGCGAGAGACACAGCCCCUAGCCGCCCUCCUCCGGGGGUAUGUUAUGAUCGCUUCUGUAGCCGAAUGUGAUACACGCAGAGCGCCACAUUUAACACUUGAAUUAUAACGACGGGACCGGCCCCAAUGGGACCCGGCUGCCCUUCUCCAAUAAGUGCAUUUAUUUAAGGUAUGUGCAAUCGACAGACAGGCGUGCCGCACAGCUUUAGCUGCCUGGGCCGCGUGCCGAAGGCUAGCGGAGCCCUAACGGCCUUCCCUCCUCUGGGGGAACUGUCCUUUCUGCGCGGUGACGCAGGCUGGGGCUGGCUUGGGUGGACCGGGUUAGGCACAGCACGGAAAUACUCCCCAAAACACAAUGUGCACGAGGACACUCGAGUCCACUCUCAGUUGCUUAUGUGCAAUAACCAAAUAAAGUGCUUACAGAG